UGGUAACUGAAUCAACGGGCCACACCAACUGCUGAUCCCUUGGGGCAGAAGUUCUGCUGCUGGCACAAGGAGGCUGGGUUGGCAUGGGGCAGUGUCUGAGGCACCAGAUGCAGUGGGAGGAUCUGGAAGAGUACCAGGCUCUGACCUUCCUGACGAGAAAUGAGAUUCUGUGUAUCCACGACACCUUCCUGAAGCUCUGCCCCUCAGGCAAGCACUAUAAGGAGGCCACACUGACCAUGGAGCAGGUCAGCUCCCUUCCUGCUCUGAGGGUCAACCCUUUCAGAGACCGCAUCUGCAAGGUAUUCUCACACAACAACGUGUUCUCCUUUGAAGAUGUGCUGGGCAUGGCGUCGGUGUUCAGUGAGCAGGCCUGCCCCAGCCUGAAGAUUGAAUAUGCCUUUCGCAUCUAUGAUUUUAACGAGAAUGGCUUCAUUGACGAGGAAGACCUCCAGAAAAUCGUGCUAAGACUGCUGAAGAGUGAUGAUGUGUCUGAGGACCUGCUGAUGGACGUCACGCACCACGUCCUGAGCGAGUCAGAUCUGGACAAUGACAACAUGUUGUCCUUCUCCGAGUUCGAACACGCAAUGGCCAAAUCUCCAGAUUUCAUGAAUUCCUUUCGGAUCCAUUUCUGGGGAUGUUGAUAUGGAGGCAGCCUUCCAGUUCUGCAGCCUCGAGGGAGACCCCUGGAACCCACCUGCGCCCAGGCACAGUGAGAGCUGAUUGGAAGUAUGAUUCGUCUGACCCUCCUUCACCUCUAGAACACUGUUUACUACAUAAAAAUACACGUGUUUUCCUCAGCCCA